ACUGUUGAUAACGUUAUCUUUAACGUAAAUAGUUUCAACUACCGCUACAGACUCUUAUCUGUGAUAGACGUGCAGAAGAAAUGCUGUAACUCCUGCUAUAUCAAGGAAACGUUUAGAGAUUUGAUCAAACGAUGUCGCACAGCACUUACAACACACUCUGGACUGAAGCUCAUGAGGAGCUCAGCUGUUUGCUGGAUGAAGAACUCCCUGAAGAACCUCUCCGUCCUGAGAGAGACAGAGUGGUGUUCUUCCAAAGGCUCGCCACCUUCUAUGUCCGCUAUGUGCAGAUCUUCAGGCAGCUGGAAGAGGCCUAUGACCAAAGUGUCCACCCCCAAAAGAGGCGCGUGAUUAGGCAGGUGCUGGACAGCGUGAUAGGCCGUGUUCUGGAGCUCAAGAAUGAAAUGGUGGAAAAGGAAUUUUCUGAGUACCACUACAUGGAUGACGUCAUCCAAGACCUAAAAUUAACCCCUGAGGACCUUGAGAUUCCAGUUCCCAGGUAUUUCGUUCGGGAGCGGAUCAAAGUGCUGCAGGCUCGAGAAAGAAUUUUUGCUUCUAUAUUAAACCAAAUGGACGUGACAGAAAAGGCAGGACCUCCUGUAAUGCGCAUGUUGACUCUGGAGAGAGCCAGUAAAAUCAUCCAAGUGGCUGAAAGAGCACGGCAAGGUCGACUGAGGGCAAAGUUCAUGAGAGAGAUCCACAGAGACUCUGAGAGGCAGAGGAGAGCCAAGGAGCAAGAGGCAGUUAGCACUGACCAGGCCGCAGUUUGUAUCCAAAAGGUUUGGAGAGGUUUCAUGCAAAGAAAAAUGACUAAAAGGCUACGUGAAGAGGAAAUGAUAUUUCUUGGAAUGGCCAUGGAUCCAAAACUGUCCUAUCCAUCCCAAACAAAGCUGGAUUCCCUAAACAAUGAGGCCAACAGGAGAACCAGACAAGAUGAACAUGAAGAUGACUAUCAGAAGUCCAUCGGAUCCGUUAUUUAUCAGCUCAGGGAAGUGGAGGGCCCCGAAAUGAAGGAGAACAUGAAAGAUCAGAUCCGACAGUGGUUCAUUGAGUGUCGUGAUGCAACAGGCUCAUUUCCUGACUACCCAGAGGAGGAGGAUGGAGGUUCAACUCUUAUAUUUGCAGAGAAAACUCCUGAGGAGCUGGCAGACGAACUGGCAGCAAAGGAAGAGGAAGAUGCCAACAAAAAGCCAAAGGGCAAGGAGGAGACAAAAGAAAAAGGAAAGAAAGAAAAAGUCGAUGACGAGGAGGAAGAGCCUGGACUGAAGAUGCUGCCAUCUGCCUAUCUGGAAGAUCUUGAGAGGGGAGACAAGACAUUUUCUGAGGUUUGGAGAAAUAGAAACGAGACCACGAAUUUUAGCCAAAGGCACGAGCUGGAGCUGAUCAAGGAGGAAAAAAGAAAGGAGAUUGAGGUCGAAAUAAGAAAACAGGUGGAUGAACUGAUGAGACAGGAACUGGCUAAUUGGAAACUGGCUGUGGAUAAAGAAAAAAGUGGAAAGGUCAAGGGUGCUGCAAAAAAAAAGAAGGCAUCAAAAAGUGGAAAGAAGAAGAAGAAGGACAAAGACCUUACAGCGGAUAGGACCAUCGAGUCACUGUUUGAAGAGCUGGUUGAACAGGAAUUGGUUAAAAAGGCAGAUAAUGUUAAACUAAAAGAUUAUCUAGGGGACUAUAGCUAUCUGGGCACAACUCUGCGACAGUCUGACAUUGAGCCCAUGCCAUCCUUAUCUGAUGUUCGGCAACUUGUAGCACUCUAUGCUGUCUUACCAUUAGGUUCCCAAGCAGUGCACGAGAAGGCUCCUCUAGUGAAGACCAUGCUGCUAGUAGGUCCAUCAGGUGUGGGUAAGAAAAUGUUGGUCCAUGCCAUCUGCCAAGAGACUGGAGCCAAUCUGUUUGACCUUUCAUCUUUAAACGUGACUGGAAAAUACCCAGGCAAGAGUGGAUUGCAGAUGAUGCUGCAUGUGGUGUUUAAGGUUGCGAAAUUGAUGCAGCCUUCUGUAAUAUGGAUUGGAGAAGCUGAAAAGAUGUUUUACAAAAAAGUACCAAAAGAGGAGAAGGAGUUAGAUCCGAAACGUCUGAAGAAAGAUUUACCCAAGAUCCUUAAGUCCAUCAAAGGAGAAGAUUGCGUUUUAAUAGUAGGAACGACAAGUGAUCCACACAGUGCAGAUCUGAAAUCCUUGUGCAAAUUCUACAAUAAGAUCAUUCUCAUACCUCGGCCGGAUUACGCAUCAAGAUAUGUAAUGUGGAAAGAGCUGAUAAAAAAGAAUGGAGGAGAAGUGACAAGUGACCUGGAUCUCAGCUCUCUGGCAAAGAUCUCUGAUGGCUACACACAAGGUCACAUGGUACAGGUGGUGCGUAGCAUCUUGACCGAACGACGCAUUCAGCAAUUUCCUAAACGUCCACUGACUGCCUUAGAGUUUGUGUCUCCACUUGCAAGAAUCGACCCUGUGUUUCAGGAGGAAGAAGAGGCAUUAAAAAACUGGUAUGCAAAGACUCCCCUUGGAAAGAAGAGAAUUAAAGCUGCCUUAGGGAAAGAGGGCGAUGAAGUGUCCUCAAAAACAGGGAGCAAAGGAAAGAAGAAAGGAAAAAAGUAACAAUAUAAGUGUUAACAUGAGCAAUCAAAGUACCACAUUUCCCUGCCUUUACCAAUAAAUGUAUUAGUUUGCUUAUGAGAUAAUUAUCUUAUGACAGUAUGCAUGUUUUUUUUUCAGUAGAUUAAAAUCCAAAUUGAUUGGUGGAAAA